UUCAAACAAAAUUACAUCAUCAUUUUAUCAUAAUUUGAAGAUAUAAGUAUUUAAUAAGAUAAUUAAUUGUCUUACGAAGUUGAUGAACGUUAAUUGUACAUUAUAUAUUUGCAUAACACAUACGCACAUGUAUGCAUAAAUUAAGAAAGAAGGAUAUAGAAAUGUUUGUCUAAUAAAUACACUUUUUAUAUAAUAUAAAAUUUGUUUAUAGUAUUAUUAUUAUUAUAUAAUUAAUUGACUUCGUCAAUCAUAAUGAAUAAUACGAAGACAGGAAAUGAAAAAAAAGAAACUAUAUUUUAUUCUCAACUUCAACCAUGGAGCACGGUGGGAGUACUUCCUUGUAUGGAACAAAUUGCUGGACCGCCAGUUCCAGUCAGAGUUGGAGAGUUUUACAAAACACCCCGUCCACAUCCUUGGCGACCAACAUUGGGUUAUGAAAUUAUAGAAGCAUCACCCUUACCUGAGCAACCUAUAACAAAUCAACUUGUGGAUCCAUGUUAUAUGCCAGGUGGUAUGGCAACAGAAGCCAUGAAAUUUCCAAAUCUAGUAACUGGCUUUGAUAGAAAUCCUUCUCAUGCAGCACGUACUGCAUUAUAUACAAGAUAUACUCCAUAUGAUUGGGUACAGAAUCAAACCAGACUUUAUAAUGAAGCAAAUGCUAAUAGAAAUUAUUCGGAGAACUUACGAAAGGAUACUGCACGACUCAUGCGAGAAGCAGAUGAAAGGGUACAAGAAGGACAAAUGGAUACAGGACGUAAAUUAGGUGAAAGAAUUACGGAUACUUCAUUUUGGCGAAAUGAAGUAAAUUCAGAAUUGCAAAGAUUAAUAAUUGAAAAUGGAAAAAUGCAAGAUUGUCGUCGGAAUUUACAACAAACUAUUCAAAAUCUUGAAGGACAAUUACACAUAGCUCAAGAGUGUCUCUAUUAUCGCGAAUCUCGAACAGGUAAUGAUUUAGUACACGAUCAGGCUGAAAAUGCGCUUCUUAAAGAAGUUGAAACUGUAAGAAAUUGUCAGAAAAAUUUAGAACAAUUUACAGAAAAAUGUAUAAACCAACUUUCUGACGGUAGAGCAGUACAAAAUCAAUUAGAAAUCGAUAUAAGAAAUAAAGAAGUUGCGCUUGGCAUUGAUACUAUGUGUCAUCAGUUAAACAAUUUUAGUCGUGGCUUACAAUAUUAUGGUGGAAUUGAAAAAUAUGAUUCUAGUGUCACAGAAGCCGAGUCAUGGGCAGAAGCAUCAAAUAAUACAGUCAAAAAAUCCCAAUCUGAGAGAUUAAAAUCUAAUCAACUUCGAAAUGACAUUGAAAUUGCUAUAAAUGGAGUUGGACUGGAUAUGUGGGAAGCCUGGGGUGAGACUAAUAAUGCAUUAGGCAGAAGAGCAGCAGAGAUGCUAGAAGCAAAGGGGAAAGUGCAAUCACAUUUAUACAAAAUUCAAGAAGAACUUUUCUAUAUUGAAAAAAAUCUACAAUUGAUGCAGAAAGCAAUUACAGAUAAAAGUAAUGCUUUAAAAGUUGCACAUACACGUCUUGAAGCUAGAUCACACAGACCUGAAGCUGAAUCAUGUAAAGACUAUGCUCAAUUAAGAAUGAUCAAAGAAGUAGAAACAAUAAAUAUAAUAAUACAUGAUAUGAAUUUAAAAUUACAAACUUUUGAAGCUCAACAUCAGCAAUUAUUGUCUACGAGAGCAAAUUUAGAAAUAGAUUUAAAAUCUAAAAUAGAUGCGUUGUUUAUAGAUAGAGAAAAGUGUCUGGGUUUAAGACGAAGUUAUCCAAUGGCAUCAGCUAUCAAAUUUUAA